AUGGGUGUCGACCCCUGGUUACCAACCUCGCCCCCACGCCCUCCGACUGUCCUCAAUGAGCAUAGUUCUGAGCUACCAGUGCAACUACUGAUAGAUCAACACACCAAACAAUGGGACGAGAUUAAGCUAGCCGCAUAUAUUGAUCCGAGUGAUCAUUAUCUUAUACGGAAGAUAUAUCUCCCUCAGACUGAUGAGUCAGACAAUUAUCUCUGGAAUCUCACAACGGAUGGUCAGUACAAAGUGAAAUCUGGUUAUUGGCAGGCCCUAACUAUGACAAGAACUGAAGAUACACCUCAAGCUCCACUAGCUACUACGCCAGAUAUUGCUGCUAACAUCUGGAAAUUGGAUAUUAGUCCAAAACUUAAGCAUUUUCUUUGGAGAAUGGCUUCAAGAGCUUUAGGCGUUGCUGAUAACCUAAGACGCAGAAACAUUCAUGUCAUCCCGUACUGCUCCAUCUGCUGUACGGAACUGGAAACGAGUGAACACCUAUUCUUCUCAUGCACUAAUUCUAUUGCGAUCUGGAGAACACUAGGAAUCUCUACCACAAUGCUAUCAGAUCCGGCUAUUGCAGUAGAUAACAAACUCAGGUACCUCUUCAACAUCCAUCAGGACCAUAGCCUCCCUCAAAUUAGUAGUUAUGCUCCGUUCUGGUUGUUGUGGUACUUAUGGAAGAGUCGUAACAAUCUGGUUUUCAACCACAAAAUGAUGGACCAAAACGUCAUCAGCACGCAAAUACUUUCUGAUGUAGAGGAAUGGAUUACCAAUACGUCUCCACAAUCAGACGAAGGACAUGAGGUUCACAGAGCCAGAUCACAAGGUACAAAAUGGACUCCACCAGACCAAAGAUGGGUUAAAUGUAACUAUGAUGCCUCCCACCAUGACGGAGAUCGCAAUUCAGGUCUUGGAUGGAUCCUCCGUACUACAACUGGUGCUUUUCUUGAAGCAGGAAUGGGAAAAUUCCAAGGACGAGCUACCAUUGAAGAAUCUGAAUAUUACUCAAUAAUAAGAUGA